AUGGCUCUGUGUGUUACGACCCGAUACACAACCAAACAGCAGCUUCCCCCUCCCGCGUCGCCUCCUCCUCCCUCUCACCAGAGAAGGAGGAGGUCAGAGUGUGAGGAAGAGGAGGUCAGAGUGUGUGGAGGAGAAGGAGGAGGUCAGAGUGUGUGGAGGAGGAGGAGGAGGUCAGAGUGUGUAAGGAGGAGGUGGUCAGAGUGUGUGGAGGAGGAGGUCAGAGUGUGUGGAGGAGAAGGAGGAGGUCAGUGUGUAGAGGAGGAGAAGGAGGAGUGUGAGGAGGAGGAGGAGGAGGUCAGAGUGUGUGGAGGAGAAGGAGGUCAGAGUGUGAGGAGGAGAAGGAGGAGGUCAGAGUGUGAGGAGGAGGAGGUCAGAGUGUGUGGAGGAGGAGGUCAGAGUGUGAGGAGGAGAAGGUCAGAGUGUGUGGAGGAGAAGGAGGAGGUCAGUGUGUAG